AUGGCUUUUUGGUUACCCCAAAAUAUACAAAGACGGUUGAUAUUGUAUGUGUUGCAGCAGAUUACAUUGUUUUCAAAUGUUGAUAUUACAAAGCUGGAUGUUUCGUUGGGAUCGCACAGUAAAUUUACCUUCCAAGAUGUUGAUCUUAAUAUCAGCGAGAUGAAUAUUUCUGGAUGUGAGGUGAAUUCUGGUAUGCUAGGAAAAUUGAUGCUGGGACUAACUGUGUCGGGGGAUGUCCAUAUCUCUGGAGAUAAUAUUGAUUUUAUGAUUACGAUGAUUAAUGAGGAUGAUUUUAAUGAUAUGAAUUCAUUUUCGCUGGCGAAAAGUUUUUAUGAUUUGACGAGUUCUAUUAUGCAAUUCAAACCAGAUGCACAUUUGAAGAAUGAGAUAUCUGGCUCGGGUAGUGAUUCUCCUAGAAUACCUGACGACUAUACUAACCCAUCAAGCGCUGGAGGUAAUCCCACGACCAAUACUUAUGACAUAAUUGUUGAUGAUACGGCAAGCAGCACAACUGAAAGUGAUGAUUCAUCUCCAAUCGAUAGUAUCCCUACCUCUAGGUUCAAUAUCAUGCAGCAGAAGGUAAUAGCUACAGCACUCGCAAAAUUAAAAAUAACACUUCAAAGUGUAAGAAUUAGGAUUAAUUUAGGCAAAAGGAAGGAUUGUAACUGUCUGGAUGUAGUAGUGAAGAGAAUUGAUAUGUCAACAUCUGAGGGUCAUGUGAGAAAUUUUGAUGCAAAUGGUAUUAGUAUUGCAUAUAUAAAUAAUGAGCCCUCAGUAGUACCGCCUAAUAAUAUGGAUAUGGCAGAAAGUUUAUAUUUUUCACAGGCAGAUGCGAGUUCGAUUUAUAUGAGUGCUCUAAGUGAUGCAAAUACUGAUAUAAAAAGUUUAGAUGCAUCAGUGUUCAAUAGUGAAAGGUAUGAGCUACUUAGUAUAAACGGAAUGAGUUUCUCUUUUGUAGGUAUAUCAUCUAUUGAUGAUUUUGCUAUCUCACGAAUAAAAAUUAAUUUAGGUACCUUACAAGUUAAUAUUCCUUUUCUUUUGAAAGUGAGGGAGGAUAUUAUAUUAACUAUGAUAUUCAAACUAAUCUCGCCCCGACAUACUGAUAAGGUUGAUGUUAAAAAUUCACCAGCAUACAAAAGGUUCCAGAAUGAGCUUCAUUCUAAUGAUACAAAUUUGUUCUCAAAUUUAGCAAUAGAGGAAAUUUUAAUUGGUCUGUCGUCUAAUCAAAAGAUUAUUUUGAGAGCUGUUGAUUUGGAGUCAAAUGAAAUUAAUGGCAUUAAUUUAAGUGUAGGAGAUAUUGAUUUGGUUGGACUUGAUAUGGAUUGGAUAUCUGAAACAAGACCAUGUUUCAAUGCAAGUUUUGGUAAGUCCAAUACAAUUAUAGAACUUGCGAAUACCAUCAUCAGAGUGUCUGAACAUGACCUAAUCUUAUUCCUGAAAAUAUAUUACGAAAUAAUGGAUUUUAUCGAUUUUGUGCUUUCUAAAUGGAAGAUUUUAGGUGUCAAACAAGUUAGUCAAUUGAGAAAUGAUGAGAAAUUCUCACUCAAUGUCGGCUCUUUAGUUAUUGAGAUACCUCUUGAUAAUUCGAUUUUAGAGAUUAACAUACCCAAUAUAGAGCAUGAUUCUCUAAAUCAGGAUUUAAAAUUAUACGAAGUAAAUAUGACACAUAUUGUUGAGUCUAUCAAAAUCAGCAGUUUGAAAUUAAAGGAGGUAUCAAUUGAUCUCUCAAGUGCAAGAAAAAAAAUGAAAUGCUAUAAUGAGCAUUUUUCUCAAUAUUUUGUUUUUACUCAUUAUAAGGUACAAAUAACAGGAAUUGAUAGUCAAAUAAACUUAAAGUCACUAUGGAUAAUAGGUGCGGUGAUAGAACAGUUUUAUAUUGCAUCGCCAGUACAAGAAUAUCCAGAAGCCACAAACAAAAAUAGCGUUCGAUUUCAUGAUAAUAAUAAGCGUCUUCUUAGUACUUCAUUAAUGAUAAACAAAAGAGCCAUUUUAGCAAAAUAUAUUAUUGAGCUUGAUGAUAUUAAAGUAUGUAUUUCUGGAUUUGAUGCUGACCAAAUUAGGCACUGUAAGUUUAGUUUACAGCGCUUACUAUUUUUGAACCAGAUUGACAAAGGUUUAUUGUUCAAUAUCUUUCAACCUCAUGUGGAAAUUAAGUUCUUCAGCGGAUCAUUAAAUGAUAUUAUCAGAAGUACGAAUAUCGGAGUUUCUGGACAACCGCAUUUGAUAUUAUGUAUAUUUGCAGAUAAAAAGAUAAAAGUAUCAAUCAAGGACAUCAUGAUAUUUUAUCAAGCAAAGUGGCUUGACUCUGUUCAAAGAAACGCAAGUUUAGAUCAGGAAAAGGGUCAAAAUGUUGAAUAUAGUGAAUUGCCGGAAUUUAGUAUAUCUAUCAGGGAUUCAGCAAUUAAUUUUCUUCCAUUUAGAAUUAAUCCUUCUCUGGUAAUUUUGUUUGAAUCUAUCAUCGUAACAAAAUCUGGUAAUGAUGCUCUUAUUAACAUGCACAGCAAAGUUGGUAGGUUCUAUUUAACUGAUAAUUACGAUCAUUUGAAGACCACUCAAGUUAUGAAUAAAACAAUAUGUGAUUCACUAAUAAAGAGUGGGUAUAGUCAAAUAGGAAAGUUUGAAGGACUAUCAAUGACGCUUAAUAAGAAGCACAAGAUAGUUAACUGUAAUGGAUGUUUGGAGAAAGUUAUAUUAUCCGUAUGUUCUGAUUCCUUCCACACUUUAGUACAAUUGUGUAUGGAUUUGAAAGUCCCGGUUACUUUUCCUGAUGAUAAAAAAUACCAACCAGUUCCUUCAGUCGCUGUCGAUUUAUUUGAGACAAUCGAGGAGAAUGAAUUUAAUUUAUCUAACUUAGAUAAUAAAGAUAUUGAUAAAUCAAUUGGAAGUGAUUCAGAUUCUCUUCAUAUUGUGAACAGUUUUCUCGAUGAAGUUGAAGAUUUCCAAUUUCAUGAAGACUAUAAUUCGGGAACAGUUUGGAGUCAUACGACCUCUGAUACACACUCCAGUUCCGAUAUUCUACCUAUAAGUCUGAAGGAAGAGUACUUGGAUAGUCGCAGAACUGAAGUUCAAAAGCAUUCACAAAGUAAUGACAGGAAUAUAAUCAGUGAAAUAGAUUUUGAUAUAAAGAAUGCGGAUAUUAGAUUAUAUGACGGUUAUGAUUGGCGAUACACCAGAAAAAACGUCUCCUCCGCCAUUAGUGAAUUAGAAGAAGGACUAUUAUCUGGGAUACAACGUCAAGAACAGACUGAAUCAGAACUAUCGCGGACGACUGUUUUCGACUCCAUUUGUAUAGCAACCAAACAAAAGGAUUUGGGAAAUUUGAAGCAAAUUAUAUCAGAACAAGUUCAAGGCAAACAUGAUCAUUUAAACUCCGAUAAAGUUUACUUAUAUCCAUCAAAACAUUACAAAUCUCUUAUCAAGGCAAAUGAAUUGAUAUUUAAAAUAAAAAUUUACGAUUCCAAUUCUCCACGUAAUGAAGAGUUCAAUAACCAUGCAGCAAAGCUCUUUCAGAUUACAGCCUCGAUAUCUACUUAUGAGGUUUUGGACAAUUUGCCUACCUCAACUUGGAAUAAGUUUGUUACUUUACUUAAGAAGGAGGCAUGGCCAAAAUCUGAGCCAAUGCUAUAUUUUGAUUUUAUGCUUUUCAAACCAAUUAAUAGUUUAGAGGCCACAGAAGCGACCAUCAAUAUUCGUUCAGCACCCCUAAGAAUACAUGCAGAUCAAUAUAUGGUGGAUUUUCUACUAAGAUUUUUUCAGUUUAAUGAUAAAAGAUUUGAGUUGAUCGAUGAGUACCCUGAGAUUCUAUUUCUUCAGAAGUUUAAGUCAAAUACAAUAAAGUUACGGAUAGACUACAAACCAAAUAAAACAUCUAGUGGGAUGUACUCUGGAAAGAUUUCUGAUUUAAUUAAUUUAUUUGUGUUAGAUGAGUCUAAAGUGACUCUAAAAGGUGUUGUUUUGCAUGGCAUAAAUGGUUUUAAUGAACUUUCCGAACAACUCGUAAAAAUUUGGGGAAAUGAUGUUACCUCAAAGCAGAUAUUUAACAUAUUGCAAGGAUUUGCCCCUGUAAAGUCGUUCAUUGCGUUGGGAGCUGGAGCACAAACAUUUAUAACAGUGUUACUUGCUGAGUAUAAACGCGAUAGGAGUAUAUCCCGAAGUGUAAAAAAGAGUGGUAAUAUAUUUAUCAAAACUACUACUGGUGAUUUUAUUAAAUUGGGCGCAAAACUUGCGGUAGGAACGCAAGCACUACUCGAAAACACAGAAGGAAUUUUAUCUGGAAAUGCAACGCAAAAUAGGACCCUUGCUGAUGUAAGUCAAACAAAUAAAGUCCUAGACCUAGAUUCACUUUUGCAACAAGAUCAGGUUCUCAUUGGAAGAAAUCCUAAGAUUAGAAAUAAAAGUCCUAGUGCUAUAAUCAUCGAUGCGGCAGACCUUGAGGAGUCAGGUAGACCGAAGGUUGUUAGCCUUUAUUCCGAGCAGCCUCUGGAUUUACAUAAAGGCCUUGAAGAGGCCUACCAUGCCCUCGAAAAGCACAUACAGAUUGCUUAUAAUACAAUAUGGCAGACUAACCAGGAGUUGAGAGGCGAAGAGUCUAGGAGUGCGAAGGCAGCUGCUGUCACUAUUGCAAAAGCCGCACCUGUUGCAGUUAUCAGGCCAAUGAUAGGUGCAACAGAGGCGAUAGCGAAAACAUUGCAAGGCAUAUAUAAUCAAUUGGAUAAAUCCAAUAUUGAGGAAAUUAAUGAUAAAUAUAAAAAGGAAGACAAUUAA